CUUUGUGACCAGAUGCGUAGCCCCGCGGAGGGCGUCAGCCAAAUGUGGGACGACAGCUGACUUGCUUCGAGGAGGCGCGGAGCGCGCUGGUGGUCCCUGCGCGACUGACUUCUCUGUCGCGGGUUCCUGGGCACCACAAGAUAAACUUCUCACCAUGAAGGCCCCUGCUGUACUUACACUUGGCAUCCUUGUGCUUCUGUUUAUCUUGGUGCAGAAGAGUGAUGGGGAGUGCAAGGAGGCACGAGUAAAGUCUGAGAUGAAUGUGAACAUGGAGUAUCAGCUUCCCAACUUCACUGCAGAAACGCCCAUCCAGAAUGUCGUUCUACACAAGCAUCAUAUUUACGUCGGUGCCAUUAACUACAUUUACGUUUUAAAUGACAAAGACCUUCAAAAGGUUGCUGAGUACAAGACUGGGCCCAUGCUGGAACACCCAGAUUGUUUCCCAUGUCAAGACUGCAGCCAAAAAGCCAAUCUUUCUGGUGGCAUUUGGAAAGAUAACAUCAACAUGGCUCUGCUUGUUGACACGUACUAUGAUGAUCAACUCAUUAGCUGUGGCAGCAUUCGCAGAGGGACCUGCCAGCGACAUGUCCUCCCUCCCUACAAUACUGCUGACAUACAGUCCGAGGUACAUUGCAUGUACUCCCCACAGGCAGAUGAAAAACCCAGUCAGUGUCCUGACUGUGUGGUGAGUGCCCUGGGAACCAAGGUCCUGAUUUCUGAAAAGUACCGGUUCAUCAACUUCUUCGUGGGCAAUACCAUAAAUUCUUCUUACCUUCCAGAUUAUUCAUUGCAUUCAAUAUCUGUGAGAAGGUUAAAGGAAACACUAGAUGGUUUUAAGUUUUUGACAGACCAGUCCUAUAUUGAUGUUUUACCUGAAUUCCGAGAUUCUUAUCCCAUUAAGUAUGUUCACGCCUUUGAAAGCAACCAUUUUAUUUACUUCUUGACAGUCCAGCGGGAGACUCUCAGUGCUCAGUCUUUUCACACAAGAAUAAUCAGGUUCUGUUCCGAAGACUCUGGAUUGCAUUCCUACAUGGAAAUGCCCCUGGAGUGUAUUCUAACGGAAAAGAGAAGAAAGAGAUCCCCAAGGGAGGAAGUGUUUAAUAUUCUCCAGGCUGCCUAUGUCAGUAAGCCUGGGGCCCAUCUCGCUAGGCAGAUAGGUGCCAACCUGAAGGACGACGUUCUCUUUGGAGUGUUUGCACAAAGUAAGCCAGAUUCUGCGGAACCAAUGAAUCGCUCUGCCGUCUGUGCAUUCCCUAUCAAGUAUGUCAAUGAAUUCUUCAACAAGAUCGUCAACAAAAACAAUGUGAGAUGUCUCCAGCAUUUUUACGGACCCAAUCAUGAACACUGUUUUAAUAGGACACUUCUGAGAAAUUCACCAGGCUGUAAAGGGCACAGUGAUGAAUAUCGAACGGAGUUUACCACAGCUUUACAACGCAUUGACUUAUUCAUGGGCCAAUUCAACCAAGUCCUCUUAACGUCUAUAUCCACCUUCAUUAAAGGAGACCUCACCAUUGCUAAUCUGGGGACCUCAGAGGGUCGCUUUAUGCAGGUUGUAGUUUCUCGAUCAGGAUCAUCAACCCCACAUGUGAAUUUUCGCCUGGAUUCCCACCCCGUGUCUCCUGAAGCAAUUGUGGAGCACCCAUUAAACCAAAGUGGCUACACAUUGGUUGUCACAGGGAAGAAGAUCACCAAGAUCCCAUUGAAUGGCUUGGGCUGUGACCAUUUCCACUCCUGCAGUCAGUGCCUCUCUGCCCCUCCCUUUGUGCAGUGUGGCUGGUGCCACAACAAAUGUGUGCGAUUGGAGGAAUGCCCCAACGGAACAUGGACUCAAGAGAUCUGUCAUCCUACAAUCUAUAAGGUGUUCCCAACUAGUGCCCCUCUGGAAGGAGGGACAACGCUGACCAUAUGUGGCUGGGACUUUGGAUUCAGUGAUAUAAAGAAAACCAGAAUUCUCCUUGGAAAUGAGAGCUGCACCUUGACCUUCAGUGAGAGUACAACAAAUAUGUUAAAAUGCACAGUUGGUCCUGCAAUGAAUGAGCAUUUCAAUUUGUCCAUAAUUAUUUCAAGUGGUCAAGGGACAUCGCAAAACAGUACAUUUUCUUAUGUGGAUCCUAUAAUAACAAGUAUUUCUCCUAGUUAUGGUCCUAAGACUGGUGGCACUUUACUUACUUUGACUGGAAAGUACCUUAACAGUGGGAAUUCUAGACACAUCUCAAUUGGUGGAAAAACCUGUACUUUAAAAAGUGUAUCAGAUAGUAUUCUUGAAUGUUAUACUCCAGCCCAAACCUCUCCAACUGAGUUUCCUAUUAAAUUGAAAAUUGACUUAGCCAACAGAGAGACUGACAGCUUCAGUUACCAGGAAGACCCCAUUGUCUAUGAAAUUCGUCCAACCAAAUCUUUUAUUAGUGGUGGGAGCACAAUAACAGGUGUUGGGAAAAAUCUGAAUUCAGUCAGUGUCCUGAGGAUGGUAAUAAAUGUGCGUGAAUCAGGAAGGAACUUUACAGUGGCAUGUCAACAUCGUUCUAAUUCAGAGAUAAUCUGCUGUACAACUCCGUCACUACAACACCUGAAUCUGCAACUCCCCCUGAAAACUAAAGCCUUUUUCAUGUUAGAUGGGAUUCAUUCCAAAUACUUCUAUCUCGUUUAUGUACAUAAUCCUGUCUUUAAGCCUUUUGAAAAGCCAGUGAUGAUAUCAAUAGGUGAUGAAAAUGUACUAGAAAUUAAGGGAAAUGACAUUGACCCUGAAGCAAUUAAAGGUGAAGUGUUAAAAGUUGGAAAUAAGAGCUGUGAGAAUAUAUACUCACAUUCUGAAACUGUUUUAUGUAAGGUCCCCAGUGACCUGCUGAAAUUGAACAGCGAGCUAAAUAUAGAGUGGAAGCAAGCAGUUUCUUCAACUGUCCUUGGAAAAGUGAUAGUUCAACCAGAUCAGAAUUUCACAGGAUUGAUUGUUGGUGUUGUUACAAUAUCAAUAAUACUCUUAUUAUUACUCGGGCUUUAUCUGUGGCUGAAAAGGAGAAAGCAAAUUAAAGAUCUGGGCAGUGAAUUAGUUCGCUAUGACGCAAGAGUACACACUCCUCAUUUGGAUAGGCUUGUAAGUGCCCGAAGUGUAAGCCCAACUACAGAAAUGGUUUCAAAUGAAUCUGUAGACUACCGAGCUACUUUUCCAGAAGACCAGUUUCCUAACUCAUCUCAGAACGGAUCAUGCAGACAAGUGCAGUAUCCUCUGAUGGAUCUAUCCCCCAUCCUAACUGGUGGGGACUCUGAUAUAUCCAGUCCAUUACUGCAAAAUACAGUCCACAUUGACCUCAGUGCUCUAAAUCCAGAGCUGGUUCAGGCAGUCCAGCAUGUAGUGAUUGGGCCUAGUAGCCUGAUUGUGCACUUCAAUGAAGUCAUAGGAAGAGGUCAUUUUGGGUGUGUAUAUCAUGGGACUUUGUUGGGCAAUGAUGACAAGAAAAUUCAUUGUGCUGUGAAAUCCUUGAAUAGAAUCACUGACAUAGGAGAAGUUUCCCAAUUUCUGACUGAGGGGAUCAUCAUGAAAGACUUUAGUCAUCCCAAUGUUCUCUCACUCUUGGGAAUCUGCCUUCGAAGUGAGGGGUCUCCACUGGUGGUCCUACCAUACAUGAAACAUGGAGAUCUUCGAAAUUUCAUUAGAAAUGAGACUCAUAACCCAACUGUAAAAGAUCUUAUUGGCUUUGGUCUUCAAGUAGCCAAAGGCAUGAAGUAUCUUGCAAGCAAAAAGUUUGUCCACAGAGACUUGGCUGCAAGAAACUGUAUGCUGGAUGAAAAAUACACUGUCAAGGUUGCUGAUUUUGGUCUUGCCAGAGACAUGUAUGAUAAAGAAUACUACAGUGUACACAACAAAACAGGUGCAAAACUGCCAGUGAAGUGGAUGGCUUUAGAAAGUCUACAGACGCAGAAGUUUACCACCAAGUCAGAUGUGUGGUCCUUUGGCGUGCUCCUCUGGGAACUGAUGACAAGAGGAGCACCACCUUAUCCUGACGUCAACACCUUUGAUAUAACAGUUUAUUUGUUGCAAGGCAGAAGGCUCUUACAGCCUGAAUACUGCCCAGAUCCCUUGUAUGAAGUGAUGCUAAAAUGCUGGCAUCCCAAAGCCGAUCUGCGCCCAUCCUUUUCUGAACUGGUCUCCAAGAUAUCAGCAAUAUUCUCUACUUUCAUUGGGGAACACUAUGUCCAUGUGAAUGCUACUUAUGUGAAUAUCAAAUGUGUUUCUCCAUACCCUUCUCUGUUGUCAUCACAAGACAAAGUUGAUGGCGAGGGGGACACAUGAUGGAUGGAUACGCCAUCAGCCGCCUUCUGAUAAACAUCUUAGAACUAUCCAAACAACAGUCCACAUCAUGACCAAUAUUUUUUCACUGCCUGGCCAAUUGAAAGGCCACCAGAUAUAUCCUGCUUUUGCCAAAAUUGCACUAUUAUAGGACCUUAUAUUGUUAUUUUAAAUGACUGGAUUCUAAGGAAUUUGUCAUCUGACAAAGCAUCAGAACCAGAAACUUGGUCCCAUAGGCCAAUGACCAGUGGCAACCCUGCAGCUUUGAUGAUGCUCCUGUCACAUUCGGUCCAGAACCUGAAUUCUGGGUUGAAAUUUUAAAAAUCAGCAUCCUACCCAAUUUCAUAUGGGGAACUAAGGCAAUGAGUUUUGAGGCCUCCUUGAUCACAGAAAAUUCAGAAGUGGUAAUGUCCAGGCAGCCCUGGGACCAGACCACUCAUUUAGAAUUGAAGUGUCUCAAAGAGCUUUCAUGUGUUAUAUAGUCAUUAACAUAUUUUAUUACUGAUGUUGUCAUUUGCCUACUAGGCAAACAUUCCUUUCUAAAUUUUUGCAUACACAUUCCUUUUAUUGGAGAAAUAUCCAUAGGCAAUGCAGUUAACGUUUCAAAUCAGCAGGACACAAAAUGUGUUUAAUAGGACACAAAAUGUGUUUAAACAUAUUGUACAUAGAUGACAUUAAGAAUUUUCAUAAAAUAGUUUAGUCAUAAUGAAAUAUUUGUCAUUUAAAAAUCAACUGUUUGAAAAUAAUACUGCUCUGAUCUAAUGAAUGUGGACAUUUAGAUGUUUUGUCUCUAUUUUUUUUAAAUGCUGACUGAAAAUAAAACAAGUACUUUGUGAUGAUAAGUGUUUUUCAAGGUAACUUAGCAUGUUUUUAAAGCAAAAUACAUCUGACUAAAAACUUAUUGGUUCCAAUCUGGCUCAUAUGUAGGUCAAAGAAAUGAUCGAUGGACUGGAAAUAUUAGCCUCAUUUUCAAGUGGCAGCUUCCUAUCUCACAAACACAUAGAGAAAAUAAAACUUUUGGGGAGUCCAGUUUUUGCAUUAGGACAUGUUCUGUGUUAAGCAAAAAAUGUUUUAGGGAAAAAAAAAGGCAAUUGAAAGUUCUGUAUAUUUCACCUGGAUGAACAGUUACUCUUGGUAGGACUUUUGUGAUGUUUUUGUUUUGUGAGAUUUUUGUGCUUACUACUGUAUAGUGCAUAUGGCACAGGAUACUUUAACUGGACUUCUCUGUAUAAACAUUUAAAAUAUUCUAUUUUUAUAAAAAUGUUUAUUUUUAAUGAUAUAAGAAAACUUUCGUUAGGCCACAAAAAUACUGCACUGUGAACAUUUCAGAAAAGGUAUGUCAGGCUUGGAUUAAUAAUGGCUUGGUUUAAAAUGGCUGUAAACAAUGAUAAGGAAAUGUGCUGAUUGCCAGUACACCCCACCCUCAUUACAUCAUACAGCAAGCUAUAAAGAGGGUGUGUUGCACUGAAAUCCAAUAGUAGAGUUGGGCUGUUGUUGCAAGGGAGUGAUUACAACCAAAAGCUCUUUGACAAUUGUGGAACUUACCACAAAACACAAGGAAUUGUAGUGCAAAGAUACUUCAUUUCAAAUAUUACUAUUUUAGAAGUGUAAAGAGUAAUAUUAAUUCACAGGGUAUUGUGAAUCUGCUUUGUAGAAAGAAAUAUCUCUACCAAUGUCAAGAGAAUGAAUGCAUCAAAAACAGAAAGAACUUGUGGAAACAACCCAUCGAACAAGUCUGCACACCUUAUACACUUGAGAAAGAUGUAAUGUGAAAGUCGUGUUUGCUAUUUAUAAACGUGUCCUUAGGUUAAUGUGUCUGGACAGAUUGUGAGAGUAAGUGAUUCUUCUAAGAAUUAAAUACUUGUCACUGCCUAUACCUGCAGUUGAGCUGAAUGGUACUUCUUAUGUUAACAGUUAUUGUUCUGAUAAAUCAUACAAUUAAAAAUAAAGUGAUGUAUCAUCUUGUAAA